AAGGUUACGAGUUUGAAAAAUUGGAUUAUUUAAGCACAAGACUAGCUCAGCGGCGGCGAGAGGGGCUCUCUCGCGGGGGGCUAUGUCAGUCUUCUGACCGGGGCGUGUUAGCUCGCUUUUAGCGGCCCCCGGUCGUGAGUAGAAACAUUUCGCGCAGACCGCGGAGACAACCUCGCGUUUAGGUCGUCGGAGUGGCGAUGUUGAGCUGAUAGCUGCGUCAUCAUGUUGCUUCCGAGUCGACUUGGCGAAAAGAAAUCUCAAGUCAACGCCAGAGGUAAAGCCGCCCGGCGACAUCCAGCCCCGGAGGCCUCUCCCGACCCCUGAGGCGCCUCGGAGACCGAGUGCUGGCGUGAGGUUGGCGGCGAAGCCUCAUCGCGUGGUGCCUGUGAAACUGGUGACUUUACAUCACUUGGCUUCGGCGUAAUUGGCGCGAUAGUCUGCGGGCUGCGUCUAUUAUCCGCACUUGUUUGGACGGUCCAACAUUUUAUUGAUGUAGCGCGGCGUUAGAAAGCGCACGAGACGCACCGGGCGCGUGACGAGCUGUUUUCGGAACAGAAAGCGCGGCUGUGGUCAUAUAUUUUUAGGGAUGUUGGUCUCAAAUGUUUGGAGAGUGAGAAGUGAUGCCCUCGUUGACAGCUAACGCUUGAGUACAAAGCAGGACCCUCCAGCGACUCCCAUCUGACAGACACUUUGUUUUUACGCCGUUUGGCGGAAAUAGCAUCUUAAGCCAUAAUGGGAGAGGUUACUAUGAGCAAACUGGUGUAAUCAGGCGGACGGAUGCAGAGGCAGAUCACUGGCAGGGUGUAGGGCUGUUUGCGGGGGCUUAUUGUAAGGUCCGCGGUCUGUUGUCUGCUGUCACCGCAUCCACGUGGACCCUGAGUAAAGUUGGGCUCCCCGCACUUAACCCCGAGGUGCGUGAUCGCUUCCCGGAAAGCGGUCACCGGGGGAUAAAAUCCGGUUAAAAUGGCCGGCGACUGCUCCCACACUGACGCCCGUUACGCGAACUCGGAGACGCUGUGUCCGUCCGAACCCUGGUCGGCUGCAGAGGCAGACACACCCGAGGCCAUGGAGUUGGUCGGAGGCGCACCCACCGCACGACCUUCUCGCAACUUCGAGAUGAUGGAUGGGCUGCUCUACCGCAAGAAGCUGGAGAAGGGCUUCAUCAACUACCGGGAGGUUUUGGAUGAGAAGCGACGGCACGAGGCCAUCGCCACCUUCCACCGGCGGAGGCCCGGCCAGCAUCACCUCUCCCUGGAGGAGACUUACAAAUGCGUGGCUGAGAACUACUGGUGGGACGGUAUGUACUUCCAGAUUAGAGAUGUAGUGCUGAGCUGUCCAGAGUGUCAGACCCAGAGCUCCAUGAAAACAGAGGAGCCGGGUGGUAGACGCUGUGUCACAAAGACACUGGCAUCGCACAGCGCUGGCAUGCUGAGCAAGCUGAGGAGCCAGCGGGAGGCCGGGUUGUUCUGUGACAUUACCCUGCGGACCAACGGGCGAUCCUACUCGGCCCACAGAGCCGUUCUGGCAGCUGUCAGCGAUCACUUCCAGGAAAUCUUCACAGAAAUGGACUCCAGCAUGAAAGCAGACAUCGAUCUCACCGGCUUCAGUGAGGACAGCCUCCUGUCUCUGCUGGAUUUCUCCUACUCUUCUACUCUACGCGUUCACCAAAAGGACCUGCCUGAAGUCUUUGCCAUGGCUCGUCACCUGGGCAUGUGGCCUGCUGUGGAAGCCUGCUCAGCUCUAAUGAAAGAGCAGGAGCAGCACCGGGAAAGAAAAGGGAAGAAGCUAUCAGGACUAGAGGAUAAUGCGAACAACUGUUAUAGUUUGACGAUGGAUGCAUCAGAUGAGUCUUUUGAAGGAAGUCCCAGGCGGACUUUGCGCAGAAUGGCAAAAACCCAAAGUCAUAACGGUUUGCCUCUGAGUCCUUCACACAGGAUGAAGCUCAUGGACUUCAAAUCUCCCUCCUCCAAAAAAGCUGCUACACCUCGACAAACCAUGACCAAUAUUCAGUCGCAAAAUUACCCGUCCAUAUCUCCAUCAAACACUCGUCUUCUCCGUUCCAGUCCUGCAGCUGCAAAGGAGGUUCAGCGAUUGCUGCCAAUGUCAGAGAGCCCUCGACAAAACAGAAAACCCCACUCUAUUACCCGCCUCACAUGCACGCCCGCCAUGAGAACUAGCACCACAAGCAGCCCUGUGAGGGUGAAGCAGGAAGUAGAGGAGGUUGGAGAGGAUGAAGAGGAUUAUGCGAGAGCACAGGAAAAAUACAAGCUGAUGAAUGUUCUGGGACUGCAAAGAACUGCUCUGCUGCCUCGACCUGAAGAUCUGAUUGGCUGGAGACAAAAGAAGCGACUGCGGAAACUGAAGGCCAACAACUAUUCUCUGACUAAGCGGAGGAAGCCCCGGCCCACUUCUCCUAGCCUGCCGUAUGAGGAUAUGCCACUGUCCCUUCCCCUCUGUAACCCAGUCCAUAAUCGCCUCCUCAACAAGACAGCGAAGGCAAAGACUUUAGCUGCAGCUGUUGGGAAACCAGCAAAGAGACCAAAGACCGUCCAGUCACAUGUUCCUCCAAGUGACAGAAGUAUGCGAAGUAAAGGUGUUUUACUAGACCUAUUCAAACCUGCACCUAGGUCUUCUUUUGGGGGAAGAGAACUCAGACGGUCAGUCAGAAGGAGCGAUUGUUGUCAACUUCCUGUCCAGCAGCCUCUGCGCCACAACACCAACAAAACCACAGUCAGGGUCAAAUCAGAGCCAGCUGAGUACUCGAUCUCAGGUUUCUCUAUAUCGUCAGACACUAGCCGUCAACAGAAAAUGAAGAAAUCCCCACCUACAGUGAAGACCCAGACCAAAAGCAGCGUCACUGCAGAGACUGCCCGAACGCCUCGUUACAACAGUAGCCGACCAGCAACAAAGGCCAAGCUUAGGCGGGGCUCUGCAAAGCAGGUGGAGAAGACAAAGUGCAGGCCCCGGGAGGAAGGGAGGAAAGUGGGGAGCCAGGGAAUGGGGGGGGCUCAUCAACCUGGUGCAUUUCAAUUACCAGAACAUGCACCUCCACCAUCCAUCUACAGCCACCCAUUGUAUAAAGCCAUUAAAGAGGAGCCAGCAGACCCUGUGCCGGUUUGUGGACCGUUCUCUGACCCUCCGUCACCAGAUCUGGGCAAACGCCAAAGCAAGCCUCCCAUCAAAUUACUAGACUCAGGCUUUCUGUUCAGCUUCUGUCGACCACCAGGGGGACCUAUGGCACUAAAGAAAGAGGAGGAGAGUGUGGAUAUUUUCUUAACGCGCUCUGUCUCACAAGUCGGGGAGAAAUUUAGAGCUGUAGACCCCCCCCACCGUGCACUAAGAGCACGGGGGCCACCCGCUGUGGUGAAGAAGGAGCGGGAGGAGAGACCAUUGAGACCAAGCAGGGUUCAGAAACCCAGGCUAAAGUCACGAAGUAACCUUCACCGGGCCAAGCCUGCCAGGCCAGAGGCUACAAGGACCAUGUCAAAGCAGCAGGGCAAGGUCCUCACCCUAGGCAGCAAGGCCUGUGCCAUGCUGGAUGCUGUACGUCGGGCUAGGCUAAAGCAGCUCAGGGGGCCCCGUAGCCAAGCCCCCAAGGUCCCGAAAGCGGCACACGCCUGUCUCGAGUGCCCGACUACCUACAGGGACUGCGACGCGCUAAUCAUGCAUCGCCUCAGGCACAUCGAGGGCAAGCACUGGCCCUGUCCGCUCUGCAGUAAGACGUUCUUCCGACUAAGGAAUGUACGCAACCACAUCCGUACCCAUGACCCCAAGUUGUACAAAUGCCGGAGCUGCAUUGUUGCUGAUUCCAAAUGCUAGAGGCUCGGUCCCCUUGUGAAGCGAUUUUCAGGAUGAAGAGUGUCUGUGUCUGAUGCCAGGGAACAGAGGCCCGCGAUCGAUUAGCAGCUUGUAUAUAAUGCAUCUGUCACACACAAGCACAGCAGCCUGGGUAAAGGCCUAAUUACUCCGAUUCUAAUCAUUGCUGUGGUCAGUGAUUUCUAAUUUAAUUUUUUAUUUAAAUAACCAAACCAAGGUUGCUGUUCAUAUUUGCGUUACCAUAGCUACAGACGGUUAAACUUGAACAUUACACUCAGGGGACGGGGAAUAUUUGCCACGGUAUAAAGUGAUAUUCACAUUUGUGUGUAUAAAAUGAAAUGUAAAGUAACUGAUAUAACUAUGACUGCUCCUGAUUGUUUUCAUUAUUUUUCUAUGUAUAGAUGAAUUUUGAGUGCACUUAUAUAAUAGCUUAUGUUGUAAACCUAAGAAGUGGUAAUGAAAUUGAAGGUUUGGAGUCCAUGGCAGAUGUACUUGUGUUGCAAGCGGUGAAGGAGGGAAUACUUGAAGUUAAGGGGAGUCAAAGCUUUGAGACUGUAGUCGUUUCAUUGGGUCUGUGUCCUUUUUGUGCUAACUUGUGAUUGACUUGACUAGUCUCCCUCCCUUCUUAAUGGUCUGCUAGCCACACAUGGUCCACAACUCGGGGAUUUGACUUGAGUAAUUGUCACUGCAUGUUAAUUUGCAGGCCGUUUGCAGUCUACUGUCUUUUCUAAGGCUGUCUACAUUUAAAAAGGGAAAUGUCUUGUUUUCAAUGUGAUCUUCUGAAUUUGAACAAUGUAAUUAUUGAUGUUUUAUUGACCUUUUCACCCACUUUUAAUCAAGACUAGACGCUCUCUGUCUACUUCAGAGUCCCCUCCUACUGAGUAAAUGCACAUAAAGAGUUUAUGUUUCACAAAUUGAUUUUAGAAAUAAAUGAACUGUCCUGAUGUCUGGUAAAAAAACUGAAUAAAUUUUUGCCUUUUAA